UUGUAGGACCAGGUCAGCUUCUUGCACACACCCUAGCUACCUCUUUCCUAAUUCCGCGUCUGCAAAUCCAUUAUACAUAUAUAUAUAUAUAUAUAUAGGCCUGAUGGCUGAUCAUGCCAGUGAAGAAACUAAAGAUAGAUACAAGAAUCAUUACAGCUGGAGGAACAAUUGAUCACCGAAGAAUUCGUAAUACGGAGAAGAAAGUGAUCAAUGGCUGAGAUCUUCCGGAUGAGAUUAAUCUUGACGGCGGCAGUUAUUGUUUUAGGUGCUGCUACAGCUCCAUCCAUGGUGGAGGGCAGAAUCCGACACUACAAAUGGGAGGUGAGGUACGAGUUCAAGUCGCCGGAUUGCUUCAAGAAGCUCGCCAUCACCAUCAAUGGCGCCACCCCCGGCCCCACCAUCGUCGCCGACCAGGGCGACACCGUCGUCGUCGAGCUCAAGAACAGCUUGCUCACCGAGAAUGUCGCCAUCCAUUGGCAUGGGAUCAGACAAAUUGGAACACCAUGGAUGGAUGGGACUGAAGGGGUGACCCAAUGCCCCAUUCUGCCCGGUCAAACUUUUGUCUACAAAUUUGUUGUGGAUAGACCCGGGACAUAUCUGUAUCAUGCACACUACGGUAUGCAAAGGGAAGCCGGCUUAUACGGCUCGAUCCGAGUGUCGCUUCCGGAGGGACAGUCGGAGCCCUUCGCAUACGACUAUGAUCGAAGUAUAAUACUCACUGAUUGGUACCACAAGAGCACAUAUGAACAAGCUGCAGGUCUUUCCUCAAUCCCCUUUGUCUGGGUUGGGGAGCCUCAGUCGAUUUUGAUACAAGGGAAAGGGAGAUUCGAUUGCACGACUCCAGGGAUUGAAUCAGGCCGUUGCAAUGCAACCAACCCGGAGUGUGUACCGUAUGCAUUGACGGUUGUACCCGGCAAGACAUACCGGCUCCGUGUCGGCAGCUUGACAGCCCUGGCGGCGCUCAGCCUCGAAAUUGAAGGCCAUAACAUGACUGUCGUCGAAUCCGACGGUCACUACGUGGAGCCGUUUGUUGUCAAGAAUCUGUUCAUCUACUCUGGAGAGACUUACUCUGUUCUGAUCACAGCCAAUCAGAACCCUUCAAGAAACUAUUGGCUCAGCGCCAAAGUCGUUAGCCGCAACAGCACCACGCCCAACGGCUUAGCCGUUUUCAACUACUACCCGAACCACCCCCGCCGGAGCCCGCCGACGGCCCCGCCGGCGGGGCCGCGUUGGGAUGACGUGGCGGCGAGGGAGUCCCAAAGCGCCGCCGUGAAAUCCCACCGCGGAUACAUCCACACGCCGCCUCAGAAAUCCGACCGUGUUAUAACAAUGCUGAACACGCAGAACCGUCAACACGGGCGUGUUCGGUGGUCGGUCAACAACGUGACGUACAACCUGCCACACACGCCGUACCUGAUCGCCUACAAGCACAACCUGACCGGCGCGUUCGACCAGACGCCGCCGCCCGAAGGCUACGACGAGGCGAGCUAUGACAUCUACAGCGUGGCGAAGAACGUGAACGCCACCGCCAGCGACGGCGCGUACAGGCUGAAGUUCAACACGACGGUGGACAUCAUUCUCCAGAACGCCAACACGAUGAACGUGAACAACAGCGAGUCGCACCCGUGGCACCUCCACGGGCACGACUUCUGGGUGCUGGCCCACGGCGCCGGGAAGUUCAACUGGUCGCGCGACGCCGGAAAAUUCAAUUUGGUGGACCCGAUCAUGAAGAACACAGUGGUGGUGCACCCGUUCGGGUGGACGGCGUUGAGAUUCCGGGCAGAUAAUCCGGGCGUCUGGGCCUUCCAUUGCCACAUAGAAUCCCAUUUCUAUAUGGGAAUGGGAGUCGUUUUCGAAGAAGGGGUCGAACGUUUGGGGAAUUUGCCAAAAUCGAUUAUGGGCUGUGUGGCCCACUAAUUUUAUUUUUUUAUUUUUUAUUUUUUGGCUUUGGGCCAUCCCAAGUCCAACCAUAAUUUAAAUUCACUCCGGCCCAUGAGUUUUAUAGUAAAUUAAUAAUAGUAGUAUUUUAUUUGUUAAUAAAAAUGUAUAAAAAAUUUAAAUAUUUUUGCCCGUAUAUUUUUAAUUGACGAAGAUAACAGAUACUUUAAAUUGAGAUAAAAUAAGUAUAUUUAUUUA